GCGCGAGCAAAACAUUGCAAACAGUUUAUCAGCGAAGAUUUCGUCGUUUAGUUAUCAUUUUGAGAACAGAGAUCAGUAAGAUUCAAACACUAUGGCGUCUAUCGUAUCUCCGAUUGCUCAGCCUUCAAGACCGAAAUCAGUUUCAAGACCAAAGCGCUGGAGCGAAGAAGUCGAAGAAGCUUACAGAUUUCAAAUCGCUGGGUACAGAGAUGUUCAUGAAUAUCGCGAUGUCAAGCAGAAAGAACCAGACCGCUGGCCCCACAAUGGCUAUGUGAAGAAACUUCAACGUAAAGAUGGUUAUUUCAUCUACUUUGACAGGACCAGAGAAUGCGCUGACAAAGAUGUUUUUAAAUGCAAGCUAUAUGGAUAUUAGUGGCAACAUAGAACAAAUUCAUGAACGAUCAUGGAAUUCUGGUUACAUUAACAACAUAAUAGGAAUUGCAAUGAAAAGAUCCAGACCCUGUACUAGUCUAUUAAAAACCAAAUAUUUUAUUCAAAUUUAUGGAACUGAAAGAUCUAAAGGAUGGUUAUUAGUAAUGUGUUACAUUUAGUGAAAAUUAUAAAUGGUGUAGCAGUUUUUAUGAGGCAUGUUGAUGUUUUGCAAUAGCUGUAAAUAUUUCAUAAAGCAGUUAUAUUAUUGAGAGAUCCUAGUGUUUUAAGGCAUUAACUUAAUAUAUGAGAAGGAUUUUUGUACAGUUGUUAACAAAUGUGUGUAAACAAAAGUUUUUUCAUUGCUGUGUAUUAAAGUAUAAUUGUGUAAGA